AUGUAAGUUGAUAGUGAAAAUUUCAUUGAUAGUUCAAAUAAUCCUCAUUUAAUAGGAAAUAGAUAUUCAAUGAGGAGUCGAAGAAGAAAGAUUUACGAUGAUGGAGAUUUUAGGGAAGUAGUUAAGAAUUUCUACGCUUUGAUAUCGGAAAUAAAUAAAAGUAGCUUAUUUAUGUAAUAAAACCCCUAAGUUGCCAAUAAGAAAAUUCAAAAAAAUGUUCCUCUAAAAACUAAAUAAUAAUCCAAUGUUUAAAAUAAAAAACCGCAACAGAAAAAACCAAUAUCAUAGGAUGUAAAGAAAAAUGAUCUCUACAAUUUUAAAAAAGAGCCAAUCUAUUCUUAAGUUGCUUUUUAAACUCAGCCUUAUUUUAAUCAUCAAUAGUACUAAUCGUUUUCUCAUAAUUAUAUGAAUCCAUUUUACAAUAAUUUGCCAUCAUAAUUACAAAUCAUUUCUAGAAACUAACUCAACAAUGGAUAAUUAAAAAGAAAUUCAUAUCAUAUAGCAAUUUCAUAUUUCAUCUAUAUCCAAUCAACCGGUUAAGAAUAGUAUGAAAGCAGAGAUCCUACCAUGUAUGCUAAAAAGAAAUUAAAAGAAACCAACUCAGAUGUUAUAAAGUAAUUAGAUAAUUUAGUUUCGAAUGAAAAAUAAUCUCCUUUGUAGGAGCGAACAAAUAAGUAACUUAAUUAAGAAGAAUAGAAGGAAGAUAUUAUAGAAUAGACUAAAUGA